AUGGAUGGAUUGCCUGAUGCGCGAUACCGGACAGGACGCGGGUGUCCAAGAUUUACGACCUUCGCAGGACAGUCCCGGACAGCGGACAGCGUUCGGACAACUCCGAGUAGUAAUAGUUGUCAAGUAGUUGUAGAGGAAGAGAAGGCCACCAGUAUGGGCUUUAUGGUGAUCGACCUUCUAUUACUGAUUGAAAUCAUACGGCUGCAUUCGUUCACCCAACCACUAAAGGCGGACUUAAUUUGGUUCCCAAUGUCAUGGGUGACCUCUGACGCGAUCGAGUGCCAUCCACUUUAUCCUGGACAAUAA